AUGACCACCAACUGGAGUACAAUAUUGUCGGACUACGUGGCGGCCACCGGGGCCCUGGAGUGUUCCCUGCAUUUCACGACGAAGGACAGUACCGAGGCGGACAAGGAAGGCUACCCGGAUUUCUACAACCUGGAACCGAGGCUGGGCGCCGGCAACCAGUGCACCUGCUCCUACAAACUGGAGCAGUUUGGACAGCUGCAGGAGGCCGUCAACAGCGUCGUCGACUUUUUCGGGAUGCAGCGCGGCGACCGCUUGCCCGCCUGGAAGAGCGACCACGAAUUGAUCAUUGGGGGGUCCUUCCGGGGUAAUGUCGACGUACUGGUGCGCUGCGGACUGGAAGUCGCGGGGGACGGCGGGGUGGCCAUGACGCUGGAGGUGCGCAGUGGAAGUGCGAGCGUCAGUAAGGCCAUCAUGAAGGCGACCAUCAACGCCAUUUAGUCCGGCCCUCCCUGAACUGGAUUCGCCUGCUUUUCCUUUUGAUUAUUGUCUCAUGUUCCCCUUGUUUUCAUCCCCCGCCGCCUUGCACUGACGCUGAGCACCGCCUCGUCCCGCCUGACCAGUCCUCAUCCUUGUCCAGUUGCCGAAACAGCCCCGCUUUCCUUUCUUCGCCCCUCCUUGUUCCAGCGCUCGCCCAUGAUCUCCCGCGGACGCUGUAAUCAUUUUUGUCGCUCUUUGUCAUAAUGACCGUCUUUUUUCUGUGAAUGGGCAUUGCCUGUCUGUUCGGCUAACCGUAAUUCUUGUUUUGUUAUCCGGUUGCUGUCCGGUUCGGCCGCGGCGCACUCCGCUGUUUAGUGUGUGGGACUGUGGUCGCCGGCGCAGCUUGGUUUUUUUGCGGCUGUAUGAUUGCGCUGAGUGUUUUGUAUGGCAUGUUGACCGGCCCGGCCUGGCUUGACGGGAUUGUUGUCUCAGUGCAGAAUCACUUGCCGUUGACUGUUUGAGUGAUGGGCGUGUA